CACCCAUCACAGAAACUCGUUGGAAAAAAAAAAUAUUUUUGGGGAAACAAAGGCGAAAACUUUCUUGGUCUGAAAAGAUCGAGAAAAGAUUUCAAAAUCAAAUUUGGUUUCUGAAGCGAUCCAAAUAAUUUGUAGAUAAAAAUCGAUUUUGUGUUGUUGGGUGUUUUGUAAUGACGCAACAAGGGCAGGGAAGCAUGGACCCUGCCGUUCUUGAUGACAUCAUUCAACGUUUGUUGGAUUACAGAAACCCUAAGCCUGGAACCAAACAGGUUAUGCUCAACGAGUCUGAGAUCCGACAGCUUUGUAUGGUCUCCAGAGAGAUUUUUCUUCAACAGCCUAACCUCCUUGAGCUCGAAGCUCCCAUCAAGAUCUGCGGUGAUAUUCAUGGACAGUACUCAGAUCUAUUGAGGCUAUUUGAAUAUGGAGGCUUACCUCCUGCAGCUAACUAUCUAUUCUUAGGAGAUUACGUGGACCGUGGGAAGCAGAGUCUUGAAACAAUCUGUCUUCUUCUUGCCUACAAAAUCAAAUACCCUGAGAACUUCUUCCUUCUAAGAGGCAACCAUGAAUGUGCCUCCAUCAACAGAAUCUACGGAUUCUACGAUGAAUGUAAACGUAGAUUCAGUGUGAGACUCUGGAAAGUGUUUACAGAUUCUUUUAACUGCCUUCCAGUGGCUGCUGUAAUAGACGAUAAGAUAUUAUGUAUGCACGGUGGCCUUUCUCCGGAUUUGACCAACGUGGAACAGAUUAAGAACAUUAAGCGACCUACCGAUGUUCCGGACUCUGGUUUGCUAUGUGAUUUGCUAUGGUCUGAUCCAAGUAAAGAUGUUAAAGGCUGGGGGAUGAAUGACCGUGGUGUCUCUUACACGUUUGGGCCUGAUAAAGUUGCUGAGUUUUUGAUAAAGAAUGAUAUGGAUCUUAUCUGUCGUGCCCACCAGGUUGUAGAGGAUGGUUAUGAGUUCUUUGCAGAUAGACAGCUUGUUACUAUAUUUUCAGCUCCUAAUUACUGUGGUGAAUUCGAUAAUGCUGGUGCUAUGAUGAGUGUGGAUGAGAGUUUAAUGUGCUCUUUUCAAAUUCUUAAGCCUGCGGAUCGGAGGCCCCGGUUCUUAUGAGUUAGAACCUCGCUGGAAAAAAAGACCAAAUUUGGCGACAUGAAGGCGGGAGAGAGCUUCCAAAACCACAUUGUUACAUGUUAUAUCAUAUAAUCAUCUUAUUUGAACUCUUGUAAUUUAUUUUCUCAGAACUUGAUUUUCUUAUUAUUAUCUUCUCAUUCUCUGACUCAUAUUAGACUGAACAAAAGUCUGCAAAGUUUUAUUCUUUCAUCAACCCAAAACCUCAGUGGUAUACGCACUAUAUUCCUUAAAACAUACACUCCUGGAAGUUUUUGUCAUGACUUGGAGG